GAAAUGGCCUACGCCAGAAGCUCUAACGUAAAUAAAUAACAAGCCAAAUUGUAUGAGCAGAAUGGCGAAACAGGAUAGGAAUAUAAGCCAUGGCAUUAUACAGUACAUGGUAACAGCAGACUCAACCAGCAAGGGAAGUGUUUAAAAAGUUUGCAUGCUUUUUACUUGUUGUGCAGCAUUUGUUACACAUCUGGACCGGUUUUUAGGAGUGGAAAAUGUCGACCGCUAAAAAUUCGUCUCGCAAUCUGUUGGUGUUUCUGGCGCUUGACAGCAAUUUACACGCCACUCGUCCGAUGAUUGCCCACUCAAAAGUGGACGAGGAUCAGAGGAAAGCUUCAGUCUUCAAUCAGAAGUCGAGUUCAUCGCUCGCUAAUGUGCGCUCUCAACGAUCCCUCGGCAACUGUUAAACAUCGUUUCCCUUCCAAUUAACUCCCCCCCGCUUAGCAGUGUUAGAUUUCGAAUUGAUAAGUGAUACAAUUUGGUAACCGUGAGAGAUGACCCGUCUCACAUAUGGCAGCAUUCGAUUUUUAAUUGGUCGAACCUGAUUAGGGUUGCCUCUAUACACGCACGUUUACAAUUUGCUGACUUCAUAAUUAAAUAGCUCGUGGACUCUUGGUGGUCGUGACGUGAAAUCUAAUUGAAUCUUGAACGUGGACGAAGUAAAUUAUCGGAAGGACCUUUAUUAGUUUUUGGAUUGUGGUGAUUUAUUGGGUAAUAUAAUCUUCGUUGCCAACUGACUACAACCUGGUGUUCGAAACCGAAAUAGAAACAUGGAAAGACUACCUAGAACCACACAGUUCGUGUCUCUUCUUCUCGUUUUGAUAACCCUGGCAGCUUGGGUUUCAUCGACAUUAGCCCAUACUGCUCAUCAUCGCACAGGCAAACCGAGACGAAUCCAGGUGUAUCAGGGAGACGACGCCAUGUUUCGUUGUCCAAGAAAAUUAAAAUUUGAAAAAUCUGGCUUUAACCACUCUAGCGUUGAGUGGUAUCAGAAUGGCAGCCUUGUGGAUAGGACCAUACACGGGCGAUUGCGCUUCUCUAUCCGUCGAAAUACGAUCUGCAUAGACAACGUUCACUCCGAAGACGAUGGAGUUUGGGGAGUAAGGCCUCGCUCUCGAGAACGGAACCGCAAUAUUAGUGCCGUUGAAUCUGUUUCCAAAUUCAAAUCAAGAACUUGGUGCAAUUUCACCCUCGAGGUAUUAGAAGAUCCUGAAGUUGGAGAAUUACUCCCUGUGAGCGAUGGACUUCAAACAGAGGGAAAACAAUCACAGCAAGAAUUUGUUGGCCGCUCUUCUUCUCAAACUAGACCAGUUCAUUCUUUUCCGAAGUUUAGACGACUUGAACGUAAAAAGGAGCCACAGAUAAUAGUGAAACGUACCGGGGAAACUGUGGCGCUGAAAUGCCCGACUCGUGAUCAUAGGCUAUAUUCGACGUCGGUGAUCGACUGGAGGAAAAAUGGAGAAGAAAUUGUACAGCCAAAAUUAGAAAAGAGCGGGCGAUCAUUAAAACUAGAAGCCAUAACAAAACAAGAUUCUGGAGAAUACAUAUGUGUUAUCACUGAUCUCAACGACCAAAGUUUGAAUUUCACCUUCCAGCUAAAUGUUCUGGACGUCCCUCUGAAGCCAAAGUUACUGGGAAUGCAGAACAUAACAGUUCGCAUCGGGGACACUGCCCGCCUCAACUGCAGCAUGGCGUCCCAGGAUCAUCGCCUGUCUACCGUAGAAUGGUUACGUCAGGCGACUGCCAAUAAUAGAUCUCACGGUGACUCGAUGCCACUUCACAGUAGUCCAUACUUUGAAGUAUUAGACGUUGAUUAUUCCGGUGGCAAAGAUAGGCGAAUUCUUUCGAUUGAAAACGUCACGCAUGAAGAUGACGGUAAAUAUCUUUGCUUAGUAACAAACAAAUACGGGACAUCCGUUCAAAGUUCCUGGCUCAUUAUAGAUGAUGGAAACCAAAUGGAAUCUCAUCAUGAUUGGUUAACGGCUCAAGCUUCUACGGCGGUGGCCGUAAGUGGAGCAAUCGUUAUCACAUGUAUUGCUUCUCUAUUCAUUUUAAUUCGGAUUAAUUACAGGACACACGCAAGAUAGAAAAGGUGCGGAUCCCCUGCUCGCAAAAAAAGGUGUUUUGCCGUUUGCAUUUUGCCUUAGUUACCAAAUAUCAAGCACAACACAUUUCAAAAGGUUCUCAGUCGUCUCUCGUUGAAACCUGUCAAAACAAUAGUGUUAUAGAGCCCUCCCUGCUUUAAUAAUAAAUGACGAACCAACAAAACAUCGGUGGAUUCGGUCGCUGCGUUACCAACGAAGAACGAGCCGUCGUUGGGUUCUUUAUUCUUUCUUCUCCCGUCUGAUUCCUCAUGACGUCCUUGCGUAUUUAAAAAGCAAACUAAAGUAAAUAAAAUACAAAUUAAUAAUU